UUGACCUGGAUCAUUGCAUAGCUACUGUACCCUGCCUGUGCCUGUGUUGCCAGCUGACUUGGGUCCCUGCGUAGCUUCUUUUGCACUCCUGGACAUGGAGAGGAGAGGGAUACUCGGCUGCCUCGCGGCUCUUCUUCUGUGUGGGUUCAGCUCCGCAGGUGCUGCUGUCUUCCCCACGGAGACAGGUGUGUGCUGGGCCAUGGGCGACCCCCACUACCGCUCCUUUGACGGGAACUACUUCAGCUUCAUGGGGAACUGCUCGUACAUCCUGGCCAAGAACUGCCUGGUGGACGAGACACACCCGGCCUUCGAGGUGUCGGUGAAGAACGAGCGGAGCGCCAAGUCACAGCUCACGGCGGUCGGGGAGGUCACCGUGAAGGUGUACGGCCAGGUCAUACAGCUGGUGCGCAACGAACUCAGCAUGGCCAGGGUGAACUACGAGGUGUGGAACCUGCCCAUCAGUCUGCAGUCCUCUAAGGUGCAGCUGCUGCAGAGCGGGCUGUCGGUGGUCCUGUGGACUGACUUUGGCCUGACGGUGCAGUACAACUGGGGCCAGUAUGUGACCGUCACUGUGCCCAGCAGCUUCAUGUCCCGACUGUGUGGCCUCUGCGGCGACUUCGACGGCAACAAGGACAAUGACCUCGUCAAGCAGGAUGGUUUCGAGGCAGAGAGCAUCCAGGAGCUCGGAAACAGCUGGAUUGUGCCUGACUUUAACGGCGUCCAGUACUGCCGCGACGAAUGCACAGGCAACUGUGGUGGCUGCAGCUUCUUCCAGAGCCUGGAGGCGGAGGUGUUCUGCGGCGUCAUGACACCCAUCCUACAGCUGCAGUUCAAGGACUGCCAUAGCGUUAUCAACCCCAGUGUCUUCUUCGACAUGUGCAAGUAUGACCACUGCAGGGGCGGGGACAUGAAGGACUACAUCUGCGACAUGCUGACGGUCUACACCGAUGCCUGCCAGAGGGCUGGGGUGCAGGUCCUGGACUGGAGGCACCUUGCUCGCUGCCCUGACCCCACGUGUCCGGAGCACAGCCACUUUGAGAGCUGUGGGCACGCCUGCCCGCCAACCUGCGAGGACCCCGAUGCGCCCACCAAGUGCAAGUUCCCCUGUGUGGAAACAUGCGCCUGCGACGCUGGUUACUACCGCAGUGGAAACCGGUGCAUCCGCCAGGAGGAGUGCGGUUGCCAGUUCCAGGGCCGCUACGUGCCAGCGGGCACCAGCUUCUGGGCCGACAGCCAGUGCACCCAGCUCUUCAGUUGCCAGGCGACGGGCCAACUGGAUGUGGUGAAGUCGGGGUGCAGCCCAGGCAGUGCGUGUGGCGUCGUGGAUGGCGUGCGGAACUGUUACCCGGUGAGCUACGGCACCUGUCAGGUGUCCGGCGAUCCUCACUACCUGACCUUCGACGGCCACGCCUACAACUUCCAGGGCACGUGUGUAUACGAGCUGGCGGGGGUGUGCCAGCAGAAGGCAGGCCUCGAGCCGUUUGACGUCAUUGUGCAGAACGACGGGCGGGACAAGCAGAUGGGCUCCACCACCAAGGCCGUGGAGAUGAAGGUCUACAACUACACCAUCAUCAUCAGUGAAACCUCACCUGGAGUAGUCACUGUUAACGACGAGAUACAUGAGUUGCCGGCUACGUUGGACAGCCGAGUGCAGCUCUACAAGAGCGGCUUCUUCGCAGUUGUGGAGACGGACUUCAAGGUCAAGGUGUCCUUUGACUGGAACUCUGUCGUCUUGGUAACGGUGCCAAACACCUACGCUGGUGCCAUGUGUGGCCUGUGUGGCAACUUCAAUGAUGAUGGCAAAGACGACAUGCUGCUGAAGAACGGUGAGGUAGCUACGAGUCCAGAGGAGCUCGGGGAAAGCUGGCUGGUGGCCGAGGCUCCCGGUUGCAGGAACGGCUGCACGGGGCCGUGUCCCAACUGUGACAUCACCCAAAAGCUGCUGUACGAGACAAACGCCUACUGCGGCCUCCUGAACGACCCCGCCGGGCCCUUCAGGGAGUGUGUGGGCCUGGUGAACCCUUCUACUUUCUACCAGGGCUGCCUGUUCGACGUGUGUCUGCAUCAGGGUCAAGGCAGCCUGCAGUGCAAGACGCUCACCGCCUACACAGCAGCCUGCCAGGCCAGGGGAGGCACCGUCUACGCCUGGAGGACAGCAGACCUCUGCCCUGCCCAGUGUCCGGCCAACAGCCAUUACGAGCUCUGUGAUAAGGGCUGCGGCUCGUCCUGCCAGAGCGUGGUGUCGGGCGGUAGCACCGUGUGCAAGGGGCCGUGCCAGGAGGGCUGCGUCUGCAACAGCGGGUAUCUCCUUAGCGGCGCCCAGUGUGUGCCAGUCAGCCAAUGCGGAUGCCAGUACAAGGGCAGGUACUACAAACCUGGCAAGCCAUUCUACCCUGACGGCCUUUGUGCAGAGGAGUGUAUGUGCAAUGGAAAUGCGGUGUCCUGUAAGGAGUUCUCAUGUGGCGCCUAUGAGAAGUGUGAGGUACAGAACGGCGAGAGAUCAUGCGUGCCCAUUGGCCAAGGCACCUGCUCCGUGUCAGGUGACCCGCACUACAGCACUUUCGAUAAAAAGCUGUAUAACUUCAUGGGCACCUGCACCUACACAGUGGCUCAGGGCUGCCAUCUUGAAGGAACCAACCUCACACCCUUCAUCGUCGCAGUGGAGAACACGCAGUGGUACGGUGUCUCGGAGAACCCAAACGUCUCAGUGCCUAAACUGGUGGCGGUGGAGGUAUAUGGGAAAAUCAUCAUACUGCGCAAAGAUCAGACUGGACUGGUCAUGGUCGAUCAAGCCAUGAUGAACUUACCUGUUAGCCUCAACAACGGCCAGAUCAAGAUUUACAUCAAUGGACUGAACGUCGUCAUCCAAACGGCGUUCGGCUUGAAUGUGACUUACGACCUGGUGUACCACGUCACCGUGACCGUUCCCGGUAACUACCGCAGCAAGACCUGUGGUCUCUGCGGAAACUUCAACGGAGACGAGAACGACGACUUCCAACUUCCCAACGGCCAGCUCGUCAAGAACGUGAACACGUUCGGGGCAGGCUGGAAGGUCGGCGUUCCUGGUGUGAUCUGCGCAGAUGGCUGUGUUGGCAACAACUGCCCCACAUGCAACAAUGACGAACAGUCCACCCUCGUCCAGGACUGCUCCAUCACUGCCGAUCCUACCGGCCCCUUCGCGGCGUGCCACGCCAUCCUGGACCCAACGCCCUACUUCAGAAACUGUGUGUUUGACGUCUGUGUGGCGAGCUCCGACUCCCACACCAAGACACUUUGCCUCAGCAUAAACGCCUACGUACUCGACUGCCAAAACAUUGGAAUCAAUGUCUCCAGAUGGAGGUCGGAGAGCUUCUGCCCCUUGUCGUGUCCAGCCAAUAGCCACUAUGAGGAUUGUGCGCUGCCCUGCCAGACACCCUGCCCCGGCCUCACCAGCCAGAGCUGCGCCGACACCUGCGCAGAGGGCUGUGCCUGCGACUCGGGAUACUACUACAACGGCACCGGCUGCGUAGCACAGGAUCAGUGCGGCUGCUACAUCAAUGGAAUAACCCUCAAGAUCGGUGAGACCAUGAUGACGGAGGACUGCGAUAAGCUGUACACGUGUCUGAAGACGGGGGUGGCGGUCAGCCAGGCUACUUCCUGUCACGCUAACGACUACUGUGGCGUCCAGCGUGGCAUACGCAGCUGCUACCCCAAGCAGUGCACCAUGGCGACCGACGGAGUCUUCACCACCUUCCUGGGAGACGUGUCCAUUACCAACACCAGUGGGCAGUACGACAUGAUCGAACUGUGCGAUGCAAAUUCCGAGAACUAUUUCCAUGUGCUGAUGAACCUGGAUGUGUGUGGGGAGAAGAGCCAGCUCAUGCCGGUGUCCCUCUUGUUGUUCUUCGAGAAUGUCAGCAUCAUCGUCAACAGCAAAUUUGAGGUUACGGUCAACGGGAGGACCAUAUCACUUCCUGCCCAGCUGGCCAAUGACGUCACAGUUCAGAUGUCAGGUGACCUGCUGGUCAUCGAGAGGAAGUCCACCAUUACGGUGUCGUACAGCAGCUCGUAUGAGAUCAGUGUGAGCGUGGAUGAGAGCGUGGCAGGGGACGUGUGUGGUGCAUGUGGGAAGCUGACAGCACAGCAGCGCACCUCUCUCUCACCUCUACUACUAGCCUUAGCGCCCCCCUCAGACAACCACCUGAACCAAUACAAGUGUACCAUGUUCAAACGCUGUUUUUACUGUGCUUCUGGUUGGCCGAGCGGACUGUGGCAGGUGGUACUUAAGGCCGCCUCACCUGUGUGGUCCUCGCACCUAUUGCCAGACACCAAAGAAGAAACACACCCAUCUUCCGUCGUCAUGGAGAUGAGAGGGAUACUGUGUUGCUUAGCUACUCUGCUUCUUGCAGGCACCGCUUCUUCCUCCAAACAGGCGGAGGGAAGUUGCUGGGCGAUGGGCGACCCGCACUACCGGACGUUCGAUGGCCACUUCUUCAGCUUCAUGGGCAGCUGCUCAUACACACUUGCCAAGAACCUGAAUGUGGAUGACAAACACCCUGCCUUCGAGGUCGUCGCCAAGAAUGCCAAGACCCCCGAUUCAGAUCUGACCGCCGUCUCCGAGGUGACAGUCAACAUCUUCGGCCAAGUCAUCAAGGUCAUCCGCAAGGAGUUCAGCAUGAUCUGGGUGAAUGAUGAGAUUUGGAAUCUGCCUGCUACUUUGAAGUCUCCAAAAGGAGAGACCGUGAGAAUCGAGCAGAGUGGCCUCUCUGUGAUCGUCACCACCGACUUUGGCCUCACAGUGCUGUACGACUGGAAGGAGUACGUGCUGGUCACGCUGCCAGAGAGCUUCAUGGGAAGAGUAGGCGGCCUGUGCGGAAACUUCGACGGCAAGGAAGACAACGACCUGGUGAAGCCCGACGGCUCGCCUGCCGACAGCGUGGAUGCGCUUGGAGAGGCCUGGAAGGUUCCUGGCCUGAAGGGAGAGGAGAGCUGCAAGGACGAGUGUAAGGACUGCGGGAAGUGCGGCUGGUUCAAGAGUAUCCGCGUCGACGCAUUCUGUGGCAUCAUGACGCCCAUCUUGAGCUUCCAGUUCCGCCACUGCCACGCUGUCAUCGAGCCACACAUCUUCUACGACAUGUGCAAGUUUGACUACUGCGGGGGAGGAAACAUGAAGACCUACGUCUGCGACAUGCUGACCAUCUACGCGGACGCCUGUCAGAGAGCCGGGGUGCACGUGUCUGACUGGAGAGGCGCCCUCAAGUGUCCUAAACCCACAUGCCCGGAGCACAGCCAUUUUGAAGAGUGUGGAAGCGCCUGCCAAGCGACUUGUGCAGACCCCACAGCUCCAUCCAAAUGCAAAGCCCCCUGCGUGCAGACCUGCACCUGCGACGAGGGUUACUACCGCAGUGGCAGCGAGUGCGUGCUGCAGAAGGACUGUGGCUGUGAGUUCCAGGGACGCUACCUGCAGUCUGGACAGUCCAUCUACGGCAACGACCAGUGCACAGAGAGAGUCACCUGCACAUCUGGGAAGAUUACCAAAGAGCCCUCAUCUUGUGGCCUCAAGAAGAGGUGUGAGGUGAAGGACGGUGCCAGGUCUUGCCAGAAAUUCAGCAGCGGCACCUGCUCCAUCUCAGGUGAUCCGCACUACGCCACCUUUGACAACCAGACCUACAACUUCAUGGGCACCUGCACCUACGUAGCUGCUGAGGGCUGCCAUCUUGAGGGAACCAACCUCGUGCCCUUCUCCGUCGUGGUGGAGAACGAGAAGUGGAUUGGCGUGUCGGAGGAUCCCAACGUGUCGGUGGCUAAACUGGUGGCCGUGACCAUCGAUGGCAUGACCAUAAUCCUUCGCAGGAAUCAGAUCGGACUGGCUAUGGUAAAUGGAGCCAUCAUGAACCUUCCACUACACCUCAACCAUGGAAUCACAGUGCAACAGAUUGGAGACUAUGAUGUCAUCUCAACCAACUUCGGGCUGGAAGUGCACUACGAUUUAGUCUACCACGUCACCGUCACAGUUCCGACUAGCUACGCUGGCAAGACCUGCGGGCUGUGUGGAAACUUCAACGGCGACAAAAACGACGACUUCCAGCUUCCCGACGGCAAACUGGUCAAGGACAUCACGACCUUCGGGGCAGCGUGGAAGGUCGGGCUUCCCGGAGUUGUGUGCGAGGACGGCUGUGUUGGCGACAGCUGCCCCAAAUGUCCUGACAACGAGAAAGCCAAGAUCGAGUCGGAGUGUUCCAUCAUCACCGAUCCUAAGGGGCCCUUUGCCGCGUGUCAUGCCGUGCUUGACCCUGCGUCCUAUUUCCGGGACUGUGUGUAUGACGUGUGCGUGGCGAAGGGUGGUGUGCAAAUGCUCUGCCACAGCAUCAGUGCUUACGUCAUCGACUGCCAAGACGUCGGAGUGAAGAUCCAGAGCUGGAGAACACCUGAACUGUGUCCUAAGGCCUGUCCUGCAAACAUGCAUUACGACAUCUGCGCUUCAAACUGCAAGACGCCAUGCCCCGGCCUCACUCCCUCCACGUGUGCCGACGUCUGCGCAGAGGGCUGUUCUUGCAACACGGGAUUCUACUUCAACGGGACCGGCUGCGUGCCAAAGGACGAAUGCAGCUGUUACAUUGACGGCAAAACCCUCAAGAUUGGAGAGACAAUAGUGUCGGAGGACUGUUCUACCAAGUACAUCUGUUCAAAGUCGGGAGAGGGCAAAGUGGAGCGCAUGUCUUGCGACGCAGACGAGACGUGCGGCCUCAGGAACGGCAAACGCGGCUGCUAUCCAAAGCAGUGCAUCCUGGGAGCCGAAGGCGCCUUCACCACCUUUGAGGGGAAAUCGGGACGCGUGGACCAGAACGGCAUCUACGACCUGGUCAAGGUGUGCGAGGACACUGUUGAGGAGGGCUGGUUCCGCAUCGCGAUGAACCUGCAGCUGUGUCCGAAGAGAGGCAAGAUGGCAGCCGCCGGAAUCGUUGCCUUCUUUGACAACCUGUCCAUCAUCAUCAACAGCAAAUUUGAGACAUGGGUUAACGGAAGGAAGGCACUGCUGCCCAUCAAAUUGCCCAACGGCCUUGUGAUCGAGGAGUUUGAGGAGCAUCUGGCCAUCCAGCUGAAGACCCAUGUGGUAGUGACGUACGGCCGCUCGUUGGAGAUCUCUGUGACCGUCAGCGAGGCCAUCGCCAAGGAGGUGUGUGGGGCGUGCGGAGCCAUCAGAGCGGCCGAGACGCAGACACCUGAGCUGCUGGUCGAACCCUUCAACUGGACGCCCAUACACUUCUCACAGUGCCCUGAAUGAGAAGUCAACCGUGGGACAAGAUCCUCAUCUCACACAUUGAAGACUUAAAAACCUACCAAUGCUUUCUUUACCUGUUAUACUUAUGAAUUACGAUGAUUUACAAAUCAUACGUUUUUACGCUACAUUAUGAAUUUACACUUAUGCAAAACCCCAGUAUGUUUCCUAUCCCAAACAGCAAUAGAAUUGCUACUGCACUAUUUAAGGCUUAUGACUAGUUUCUAAGGCCUCAGAUGAGAUUCAAUUCUAUUAAAGCAGUAUGGAGUAAUGUAUACACUGGCUCCAUAAGAGAUGAUCCCUCAUUUGUGCAGCAGAGUUGACUGCUACAGACUGUAACCUGCCUUCCUGCCAUGGCAUUUAUACUAAAUAAAGCAGAGCAUUGAUAAA